AUGCCCGCGGAGGGGGGACAAGGGGUCACAGCCGUGCCACGGGAACGGGGGGCUGGAGGCGAGGGUGCCCCCCCAGCCUUCGGUGCCAACGUGCCACCGCCCCCCCGUGUGCCCACGGCCACCCACGCCGCGCGUGUCCCCCGUCACUCGGCACCCACGGCCACCCACGGCCACGUGUCCCCCCCCUCUGCGCCCCAAAGCCGCUGUCACCCCCCGGCAGAGCCCUCGGGCACGGCGGAAGGUCACCGCUCCGGGGACACGGUGCCACCUCGCUGCCCCGUCCGUCCCCGUGCCCGGCGGUGGCGCAGGAACUCCGCACCGGGAUUGUGCCAGCUGGAUCGUGUCACCGUGUCCCCUAAGAGCCCUCGGGACGCCGUGCCCGCCGCGUCCCCCUGCCCUCCGAGCAUCCCCCGGCCGUGCCACGGGCACGUCGCCCCCAACGCCACCGGGGCUCGGUGGCCGCUCCGGCGUGGCCGUGCCGCGCUGCCCCCGGUGCCCGGUCUGGAGAGCCGGGCACUGCCCGUCACAAAGAUGGCGCCACCGCCCUCACAUAGGGAUGGGCAAUGCCAACCACAAAGAUGGCGGCUCAUUGCCAAGCCCGCCGUGCCCUCAGCAAAGAUGGCGGCGGCAGCGUCGCGCCAGGAAGGGCGCGCCGUGCGUGACGCAUGCGCAGAUGGCCGAGGGGGCUCUGGCAGCUCGGGCUCCCCGGGCAGCCUCCGGCCGGGGGCGGCCCGGGGGGUGCUGGGCAGGCGCCCCCCCGCGCCCCCCCUGAGCCCGGGCCGCCUGCCCUCCAUCCGCUCCCGAGACCUCACCCUGGGCGGCGUCAAAAAGAAAACUUUCACCCCCAACAUCAUCAGCAGGAAGAUCAAGGAGGAGCCCCGGGAGGAUGUGGUGGUGAAGAAGGAGAAGAAGGAGCGGGAGCGGCAGCGGGACGGGCACGGCCGGGGCCGGAACCGGCCCGAGGUCAUCCAGUCCCACUCCAUCUUCGAGCAGGGCCCUGCUGAAAUGAUGAAGAAGAAAGCAGGCUCCUGGGACAGGAGCGUGGACGUGUCCGACUUCGGCCCUUCCCACAUCAUCAACAUCAAGAAGGAGAAGAGGGAGACGGACGAGGAGACCAAGCAGAUCCUGAGGAUGCUGCAGAAGGACGAUUUCCUGGAUGACCCGGGGCUGAAGAACGACAUCCGGAACAAGCCGGUGCAGCUGCCCCUGGCCCACUCGGGCUGGCUCUUCAAGGAGGAGGUGGCAGAGCAGGAGGACACACAGCCAUGGCUGCCUGCAGCCAAGGAGGAGAAGAUGGAGCUGGACCCGCCAGCAGUGAAAGUGAAGGAGGAGCCGUGUGAGGAGGAUCCCAAGCCGGCCCAGCCCAAGGGCCCCCCCGGGUUCCCACGGGAUGUGUCGGCGGCUGAGCUGCUGCAGAGGCUGAGCCUGGCCCAGGAGGAGGAGCUGCUGUUCCUGCAGCUCCCUGACACCCUGCCCGGGCAGCCCCCCAGCCACGACUCCAAACCCAGCAAAGCUGAGCUGCACAGCGAGGAUGGGCAGGUGCUGCUGGUGAAGCAGGAGAAGAGCCAGGAGGCCAAGCAGGCAGAGAACAUCUGCACCCUGGCCGACCUCCCCGAGGGCCAGGUGGGGAAGCUGCUCAUCCGAAAGUCAGGAAAAGUGCAGCUGGUGCUGGGCAAGGUCACCCUGGACGUGACCAUGGGCACCCCCUGCUCCUUCCUACAGGAGCUGGUGUCCGUGGGCAUCGGGGACAACCGCACGGGUGAGAUGAUGGUGCUGGGCCACGUCAGGCACAAGCUCGUCUGCUCCCCGGAUUUCGAGGCUCUCCUGGAGCACCGGCACCGAUAGCCCAGGGGGUCUCAGCCCCCCAGACCCCAGGAUGGACCCUCAGCCCCUCCAGAUGUGCCUUUGGGACGUGGGCAGGGGGCUGGGGCGGGUGAUCCCAAUCCCGUGCUGGGAUCCCGAGGGAUCCAGAGCCAGCUCCCAGCUCCCUCCAGCCCUGCAGGUGUCCAGCCCUGUCCCCCACACCAGUGGCUCCCCCCAGUGCCAAACGGGGAUCUCGGGGUGUGUGGGGGCUGUGGGGUGUCCCCCAGCUCUGUGGACACGUUGGUGGGAGCAGGACACGCGUCCUGGGGGAAAAACCUGGAAUAAAACCUUUUUUCCCCCUGUGUCA